CCCAAAGCCGAGCAGAAGACGCAGACUGACGCGGUACGGACGCGUCUGCGAGUGAACUGAAGACGAAGAGCAAGAGCAGGAAGGUUUUUGGUGCAUUUUUGGGAUUUAAUAGAGUGUGUAUAGAAUUGAGUGAGCGAGCGAGAAUGCAGGAAUUGGCUGGGGUUACAGAGGACGAGAUUAUUGGGAACGAGGUGGAGGUUGGCGGUGGUGGAUUGGAUGUCGGAAAUGAUGCAGAUGAUGGUGCAGAGGGUGCUGGUGAAGGACGAGGGAGUGAUGAAGAAGAGGAUAGUGACUCUGACGAUAGCAGUUUUUUGGAGAAUAUACUUGAUAUCGGGGAUGCAGGGUCUGGCGACCAGGAGGAUGGAGGGUCAGAGGACGACGACGAAGAUCCGCUGCUUUCAGAGGAAGCGUGCGAGGAGGUCAGGAAGUAUCUCCGUGAACACGGACGACAAGCGUUUCUAUACAGAUAUCUGCUGGGCAAGGAAGACGACGACGAACCACCGCCAGAAGCAGGUGAAGACAGAACAGCGCCGUCUGCUGAAGAAAAGAAGAAACUAUCGAUAUUGGAGGUCCUGUACGCGCUCGGACUACGGAUAAGCGGCCCAUUAGAGGUGCUGGAUGAAGAUACGCUCUUUCGUCUUUUGAACGCGGCGAUCAGCAGAGAGCUCUCGCGGCGGGACGCGUUGCCGGACGUGGCUACUUUGGAGGACGUCGUGCGGGUGAUUAAGCAGGCUAAGAACGUGGUUAUUCUGACGGGCGCGGGAAUCAGCACGAGUUUGGGGAUUCCGGAUUUUAGAUCGGAUCAGGGGAUAUACAAGAAGUUGGAGGAGAUGGGGUUGAGUGAACCGCAGGAGGUGUUUGAUUUGACGGUGUUUAGAGAGGAUCCGAGUAUAUUUUAUACGUUUUCGAAGGAUAUUCUGCCGUCGGUAUCGCGGUUCAGUCCGACGCACGCGUUCAUCAAGCUCGUGCAGGACAAUGGCAAGCUACUGACAAACUACACGCAAAACAUUGAUAACCUGGAGACGCAUGCGGGGAUUUCGGAGGAUAAGCUAGUGCAAUGCCAUGGCUCGUUUGCAAAGGCGACAUGUCAAAAGUGUUGGCAUAAGGUGGACGGCCGAGAGGUCUUUGACGAUAUUCGAAAUGGGGUGGUUAGCAGGUGCAAGCAGCCGCCGAUGGUAGCACUACCAGAGGGCGAGGCGGUUGCGGACAAGACCGCACCGCCGUUGCGGAAACGGAAGCGCGACGACGACGACGAGGAUGAAGACGACGACGUUCACGAGGAAGAAGCGAGUGACAGAUGCAACGGGGUGAUGAAGCCGGAUAUCAUUUUCUUUGGCGAGGCGCUGCCAAAGACGUUUGAGACGCGGCUGCUGGGCCAGGAUGUGGAUCAAUGCGAUCUGUUGAUCUGCAUUGGCACGUCGUUGAAGGUAGCGCCGGUGAGCGAGAUUAUAAGGGUGCUUCCGGCGCGGGUGCCGCAGAUUUACAUAUCGCGGACGCCGUGCACGCACGCGACGUUUGAUGUGUCGUUGCUGGGGGAUUGCGAUGAUGUGGUGGAGUACCUGUGCGGGAGGAUGGGAGAGGGGUGGGAGCUGCGACACGAGAUGGUGCCGGAGGAGGGGUUUACGGGAGAGGUUGUGGAGAGGGGGAGAGGGUGUAUAAGUUUGUGAAGGGGGAGGAGGUGGAGUAGAUGAAGUAGAUGGAGGAGAUGCCUGAAGGGAAUAUGACAUAAGAGCUUACAGAUUCUGGCGGAGGAGGCGUAGUUGAGAGCGAGAGCCGCCGCAGCCGAGCCAGCAGCGUUGAGCCGGUUAAGAGCGCAGGAGCUGAGGUGCUGGAAACCUGGAAACCUAUCAAAGUCGCAGGUGUUUUCUGAGUUGCUGGCAAAGGCGGUGGGGGAGGGGGAGGGGCAGCUCACCAGCGCUGAGGUGGUCAAUACUAACAAGUAGAAUAUUAGAUACUAGACAAUAGACAAUUAACAAUGAAUAAUACAAUG